AUGCCGAGGGCCCUGCGUUCCCAUCGGAAAAUAAAAGAAAUUACAGAAGUUUGUGGAGCCAAGCGCGUGGGUUAUUUUGGUCCUGCUCAAUUUUAUAUCGCUUUGAAGUUAAUUGCGGCAGCGCAGUCAGGGUUCCCAGUACGGAUUGAGAGCAUUAAGAAUGAAUUGCCUCUGCCGCGGUUUAUGGCGCUGAAGAAUGACAGUGAAGUACGUUAUGGGACUCCAGCAGAACUCCACGGAGUUAAAUUUCAGGUUCCACAUGCAUCCUUGGAAAAAAAUUCCUACAAAAGAACAGAUGAAGGGGACAAACAGGAACCCAAGUCUCCACCGAUGUCUCCAGUCUGCUCACCUCCUGCUUCUCCAUCUACUUACCAGAGAAUACCCUUAAGUUAUGGAUAUGGUAAAUCAAGAAGUGGGCUGGAGCAGCAGCAUGGAGCUCCUUAUGAAGUCAGACACUCUACUCACCAGCAAGAAGGACCGUCAUCAGGGAAUUAUGGAGCCAAACCUGCCCUCGCCUGUUCAACUCUUAAUCGGUCUCUUUCAGCGGAGCGGGAGCAGCAGGACAGCAGCACCCACUACUCGGAUGACCCUUGGAGGAUAACGGAGGAGCAGCGAGACUACUACAUCAACCAGUUCAGGUCCCUGCAGCCUGAUCUGAACUCCUUUAUUUCGGGUUCUGUGGCAAAGAAUUUCUUCACAAAAUCAAAGCUGCCCAUCCCAGAGCUUUCUCACAUUUGGGAGCUGAGCGAUGUGGAUUGCGAUGGGGCGCUGACACUCCCGGAGUUUUGUGCCGCUUUCCACCUCGUGGUUGCGAGGAAGAAUGGUUACCAGCUGCCAGAGACACUGCCGGAGACGCUGCUGCCCGAGUACCUUCAAGCAGCUUCUUUGAAGCCGAUGCGUGACUGCACACUAUUUGAUUCUUAUUCUGAGUCGUUGCCAGGUGGUCAGCAGACUCGGGACUUCAGUCGGACUGAG